AACAACACGCGCGAGGACGUCGAUUGCGGUUUUGUGGCCUGCUGUGGUUUAAGGACACUUUUCUGGGUGAAUCACGGGAAUCCGACACCGGAAAACCAUGGCCACUCUGCUGCCGAAGCCGGUCGAUCCGGAGGAGGCAGCGAAACAGAUCGAUGCGGCAAAGGCGAAGGGUGUUUUCUUUCCCGGCUGUGAUCUCGACGAGGUGGCCAGACAUUUCAUCGGCAACAACUACCGCUACCGGGAGAACAUCAUCAUACCGAAGAUGUACGGUGCGGUGCAGAUCAAGACGAACGAAGAGAAGCUGGUUGAGGCGGCCUUCGAAAGCUGCGCCUUCAAAUCGUUGAUGAGCUGUGUGCUUGGAUACGGUUUGGGUGCCGCCAUCGGUCUUUUUAGUUCGUCCGUGAACCCCAACAUUUCGGAUCCACUGGCAGCGGAAAAGCAGCAAACGGCACGGGAGAUUUUUCGCGAGAUGCGCCAAGCGACACACUCGUACGGUAAAAACUUUGCCGUUAUCGGGGCCGUGUUUGCGGCGGUCGAAUGCGUGAUCGAAUCGAAACGAGGAGUAACCGACUGGAAAAAUGGUACCUACGCUGGUGCGGUGACUGGCGGAUUGAUCGGAUUGCGAGCUGGUGUUAAAGCGGGCAUUGUUGGUGCUGCUGGAUUCGCGGCAUUCUCCACCGUUAUAGAUUACUACAUGCGACACAGAUAAGCUUUCACCCGCCACACUAUAGCAAUUCGCUGUUGUUCACUUACUUCAUAGCAGAGUGUAAAUGUAAACGUUAUAUAGUAGAGAAAGGA